CAGUAGUCCAGUUGCUCUCUUAUCUCGUGUUGUGCUAGGCCUCAGCCCUGGUUUUAAAACUGGACGUCCUGUUUUUAUAUUAUCGUGAAAUAGCAUACCGUUCAGCCGUAUUCCACUUGUACCCGUGAUUGUUAAAUGGUCAUCGAGAAAGCCGUUUGUGACUAUUGGAUCUGAUCACCAGCACAAACUCCCAGAAGAAUUGUGGACCUUGAAUGCUCUCAGCUUCUCCAGCAGAUGAGGAGUGAAGCAGCAUCCAGGUGCCUCAGAUUUCUUCCAGAAACGUGAAAAGAUGAGAUGAUUAGUGUCGGUGUGGGAUAAUGUUUCAGUCAAACUCUAACGCCUACACACAAUUGGAACAAGAUAAAGCUCCAUCCGAAGUGUCGAAUAGGAAAAGCACCGGAUUCCACCUGACCAACGUAUUGGAAUUGGAUGCCGACGAUGAGGGAAGCAUAAUUAAGCAGAGAAUUGAUUUGAUGUUCGACGAAAAUCAAUCAAAUAUCACAGGAUCAGCUGAUAAUCCUGAUAAUCUAGCUGGUCCCCUAUCUUCGUCUGAAACCAGCAGAACCCACUCCAAUAUCCUUGACCAAUCCUCCGGCAAUCAAACGGACAGAAAAAAGGUGAAGAACAUUGUUCAAGCACGUAUUGAGAAAAUGUUCACUGACGUUAGUUCAUCUGAGUUUGAGGAGGAUAUUGGCCGGGCUAGCAGAAACAUUCUACGGUAUCAAGUCGAUUACAUAGGGUCAUUACCACUCAACAAUAAAAUCACCUCAUUGGAGGGUUUGCAAGAACCUUUGAAAAAUCUCUAUUUCACUUACAGAAAAACUAGAUAUCCAGGCUCCCAUAGGCUCCCAAAUUUCAAGUCCAUUCUGGAAAUUUCUGAUCACGGAUUGAAAGUGCACAACUUUGAUGAGAAGCAUGGCCAUGUGAUUGAAGAGCUGAAUCCAUUUCCCAAGAUUGCAGUGUGGGCAUCUAUGAAGUUUGUUUACCGACCUAGCCGAAGUGGAAAAAUGGGAUACGAGUAUGCGUUUCUCCCAAUUGUGAUUGAUCCCAAGAAUAGUGAAAGAUCUGGUUUGUUUCGAGAACUAAACCACGAGGAUUUCCCGUAUGCUAUUGAACGGACGUACGACGAUCAUUCACCACUGUUUGUUGUCAUCAUGAAAAAGAGUGACUACUAUACGAGUAAUAGUUUACAGUGUCACGGUUUUGUCUGUGCUACUUGCGAAGAUGCUAUUGUUCUGGCAGCAAACCUUUAUAAGGCAUUAGUUGCCGCAAUGAACUAUAAUCAACUGAAUGCAGCUAAAAAGAAGAAGAAAAUUAAAUGCCGGUAUGGAUUAGGUGUAGUCAAAAGUGUAGGCAGUUCCAGUAUAGGAGAUGAACAUGAGUUUCUAUUUGCCAAGGAACAGACAAUAUUGAAAGGUAAUACAAAAUCGAUUGCUUCAAAAACUGACUCCAAACAAUCUGAUAGACUGAAACAGUUCCAGUUUGAUGGUGAAAAUGAACAAUUGCAAGUUGAAAAUAAUUCGAUUAAUAAUAUUGACAGUGAUGAACAAAAGUCAGAAAGAGAAGUGAAAACUGGUAUCAUAAAAUCUGACACAAUGGAGGAUGUAGAUUAUAUUAAAACAAUAGAAACUACCUACUGUGAUCAUUCUUCCAACCCCACCAAAAAAACUCUCACAAAUAAUGAGAGUUUUGACUCAGGUGAUGUACUCACCCGAGUAGUGAUUCCUAGAAGUGGAAGUUUCAUGAACGUGUCAGUGCCAAUUUCAUCAAGGUACAACAGACCAAUCAAAAACUAUGGCAAAGGCUCCCAAUUGAAUCAAAGAAAAAAUAGCAUACACAGCCCUCUCGGAUUCAAAGAGCUAUUCAACGAGUUUCAUAUUCAAGAAGGCUUGAACAACAUUGAUGAAAUUCUUAGUACAAUAAUAAACGUCAAUGGAAUGUCUUUCAAUAGUCUAAAACCUAUAUAUAAGGAGUUUAUAUUCAAAUUUGCUGUAACAUUAACCAAAGAUGAGCUCUACCAAAGAAGUAAGUCUAUAAUGCAAAAGCAGAAGAGAAAGAAAAGGAAAAUCAUGCAGAGAACAUAUAAAACUAGUAGAAAGUUGAAAAGAUUUUUCCACGCUCCAUGGUCAAAAUUGAGGCCAAGAAAAUACAGCAACAAAAAACCAUUCAUAACAACAGUGUCUUCCUUCUUUGAAAACUUCAGACCACGUCGACGCACAUUCAAAGCGAAAAGUAAACUAAAAAAACAUAACAUCUCUAUGACAUCAGCUAGUGACUCCUUCCUCGGUCUCAAUAAAGUGAGAAACCCGAAUCUCAUGUAUGAUGCCACAAAUACAUCUUACUCUCGAAAACCUUUUUAUCUUUGGAACAACAUGCAAAACAGUGAAGUGAAGCCUCAAGAUGCCGGACAGUACAUACAUGAUCCAAUACUCAGUUUCAAUUCGUUGAGCUUGGCUCCAAGGAGUGAUUAUCUAGGUAGUCGUCAACCAAACUCGCUCGGAUAUUUCUCCUGUAGUGACAACAGUGAGUCAUGCGCUUACAACACUUCUCAACGGUGCUACUGCUCAAUGAAAAAUCAUAUCCAUAACGAUAAAACUCUUGUAAAUAAAAUGACUCCAGUAUCUAGCUGCAGUUGCGACACGGAUAGUUGUCUCGAGAGUGAAAAAUGUUACUGCAAUCAAUCUCAGAAGCCUUCUAUGAUAGAGCAGUUGAAACAACAAGGUUUUGCCGCUUCCGAGUCGAGUUUAUCACGACCUGGAUCACCUGCACUUGUUCCCAGUAGGAAACUAGGAGACAAUCGCAAAGCAAACCACAUGAAAUCUUGUGUAAAGCCAUCUAAGAGCUUGGAAUUUUUCCAGAUGGAAUAUAAACCGAGAAACAAUAUAAAAUCGAGAAGAUCAUCUGGAGACUAUGAUAUGUUCCAAACAUUGUAUAGCUGUGAUGAUCAAUGGCAAGGCCACCAACAGUUCAAAGCAGUUCACAAGCGAUUCGAAAACAACAAACGAUUUGUUAGAAACGAUAGCAUAUCGACAUCAAAUUUCCAAAAUAUAUUGAGAAACGUACCCUUGUUCAAAUAUAACGACGAUCUAGAUGAUUCUUUGCACAUCAUGUCUGAAGACUUCUGUUCGAGGAAGAGUGUUUGUCGGGACAGUUUUGCUGACGAUAGUGAUUUUGUUGACGACAUAGAUGAAUGCUGUGAUGCAAGUGUAAACCGUAGUCGAUUUUUUGCACAGGAAAAACGAAGUCAAAACAAAAUUCUAGUUGUAUCAGCGAGAGAUCAGAAAGGUCAGAUUAAGAAUGUGUUCACACCAAUGGGUUAUGGAAGUCGUAGAUCAUCAAACAUAGGCCGCAGUCGCAGUGAUCAAGACAGUGAUGUAAUGUCCGUUAAAAAGUCAGCUGAAAUCGCUGCUCUGUUUUCUGGUGUCAAGAUCGACAAGAGACAUUUCAAUCAGUCAUCCAGUGAUAACAGAAUCUCUUCUCUCAAUGCUUCUGAAUCACUUUUGUGGAGAGGGGGCAGCUUGUGUAUAAAGAACUCCAAUCUUGAGAAUUCUCUCGGCUAUUUUCCUUGAAUGAAUUGAGUGAACUAGAAUCAAAGACAGAUUUGAUGAUGGAGAAUAUUAUAACAACUAUCGUGAUCACCAUGAAUAACAUAGGAUUAAGAUCAAUGUUUAUGUGUGGAAAUAAGACUUUCAGGCUGAAAUAAAUCUAUAUUAUAGCUUAAGAAGUUCAUACUAAAAUUUAUAAAAGUUGACAGUAGAAUCGGAAACAAAUAAUAAUGCCGAGCCUUAUUUAUAAUUCUAUAAGACAUUACAAAUUCAUGAGAGUAUACAUUACUUAAAAUGUUUGAGUAGAGUGUCAUGAAGCUCUCAUUAUUACAAAUGUCGAUAAUGCAUAAUCUAUAAAGCUCUAGAAGCAAGACCACCACAAUAUCAAUCAAUCUGUUCUUAAUUACAAGUACCAAAGUGGCUAACUUUUUCUUAAUAUGAACCUACUGAUCAGAAAUAAAAAUCUUUCAUUCAUGUGAAUGAAACAAAGUAUAAAGUAUAAUAAAUUACUUGAAAUAUAAAUUAUACAAUUAUAAAUAUGAAUUAUAUAAAUUACUUUGAAUCAAUCGAAUUGCUUG